AUGUGGAACAAGUGGGAUGCAUGGGAAGCAGGGUACGUAGAUGAAGCAUGUGAUGCAAGGGAAGCAGUUGAAACAAGGGAAGCAGAGAAAGCAGAGGAAACAAGGGAAGCAGAGGAAACAAGGGAAGCAGAGGAAACAAGGGAAGCAGAGGAAGCAGAGAAAGCAGGGGAAGCAGAGGAAACAAGGGAAGCAGAGGAAGCAGAGGAAACAAGGGAAGCAGAGGAAGCAGAGGAAAGAAGGGAAGCAGAGGAAGCAGAGGAAACAAGGGAAGCAGAGGAAGCAGAGGAAACAAGGGAAGCAGAGAAAGUCGGGGAAUCAGAGGAAACAGAGGAAGCAGAGGAAACAGAGGCAGCAGAGGAAACAAGGGAAGCAGAGGAAGCAGGGGAAUCAGAGAAAGCAGGGGAAUCAGAGGAAACAGAGGAAGCAGAGGAAACAAGGGAAGCAGAGGAAGCAGGGAAGCAGAGAAAGCAGGGGAAGCAGAGGAAACAGAGGAAGCAGAGGAAACAAGGGAAGCAGAGGAAGCAGAGGAAGCAGGGGAAGCAGAGAAAGCAGGGGAAGCAGAGGAAGCAGGGGAAUCAGAGGAAACAAGGGAAGAAGAGAAAGCAGAGGAAACAAGGGAAGCAGAGGAAGCAGGGGAAUCAGAGAAAGCAGGGGAAGCAGAGGAAACAAGGGAAUCAGAGAAAGCAGGGGAAACAAGGGAAAAAGAGGAAACAAGGGAAGCAGAGGAAACAAGGGAAUCAGAGGAAACAAGGGAAUCAGAGAAAGCAGAGGAAACAAGGGAAGCAGAGGAAACAAGGGAAGCAGAGGAAACAAGGGAAGCAGAGGAAGCAGCGGAAACAAGGGAAGCAGAGGAAACAAGGGAAGCAGAGGAAGCAGAGGAAACAAGGGAAGCAGAGGAAACAAGGGAAGCAGAGGAAACAGAGGAAACAGAGAAAACAAGGGAAGCAGAGGAAACAAGGGAAGCAGAGGAAGCAGAGGAAACAAGGGAAUCAGAGGAAACAGAGGGAAGCAGAGGAAACAGAGGAAACAGAGGAAACAAGGGAAGCAGAAGAAACAAGGGAAGCAGAGGAAACAAGGGAAGCAGAGAAAGCAGGGGAAACAAGGGAAGCAGAGGAAACAAGGGAAGCAGAGGAAACAAUGGAAGCAGAGGAAACAAGGGAAGCAGAGAAAGCAGAGGAAACAAGGGAAGCAGAGGAAACAAUGGAAGCAGAGGAAACAAGGGAAGCAGAGGAAGCAGAGGAAACAAGGGAAGCAGAGGAAGCAGAGGAACAAGGGAAGCAGAGGAAGCAGAGGAAACAAGGGAAGCAGAGAAAGCAGAGGAAACAGAGGAAACAGAGGAAACAAGGGAAGCAGUGGAAGCAGAGGAAACAAGGGAAGCAGAGGAAACAAGGGAAGCAGAGGAAGCAGAGGAAACAAGGGAAGCAGAGGAAGCAGAGGAAACAAGGGAAGCAGAGGAAACAAGGGAAGCAGAGAAAGCAGAGGAAACAGAGGAAACAGAGGAAACAAGGGAAGCAGUGGAAGCAGAGGAAACAAGGGAAGCAGAGGAAACAAGGGAAGCAGAGGAAGCAGAGGAAACAAGGGAAGAAGAGGAAACAAGGGAAGCAGAGGAAGCAGAGGAAACAAGGGAAGCAGAGGAAACAAGGGAAGCAGAGGAAGCAGAGGAAACAAGGGAAGAUGAGGAAACAAGGGAAGCAGAGGAAACAAGGGAAGCAGAGGAAGCAGAGGGAAUCAGAGGAAACAGGGGAAUCAGAGGAAGCAGAGGAAGCAGAGAAAACAGGGGAAUCAGAGGAAGCAGAGGAAGCAGAGAAAACAGGGGAAUCAGAGGAAGCAGAGGAAGCAGAGAAAACAGGGGAAUCAGAGGAAGCAGAGGAAGCAGAGAAAACAGGGGAAUCAGAGGAAGCAGAGGAAGCAGAUGUGACGUUCUAA